GGGGCGGCGGGAGGUACUUGGCGUUUUGCGAGAGAGAGGGAAGUACGGAUCUAUUGCGAUUUUGCGCGUGCGUGCAUUUGCUGUCGGACGCCGCUUUUGUGUGCGGCGUGGUCGUCACCCUCCGUCGCCACUGCCGCCACCACAGCCGAUGGGACGCCGGCGCGCGCGGUAUGCGAAUAGUGAUAGCAUUAAAUAGAAGUGGAGGGAUGGCGGCGUGUCCGGGCGGGGAUCUAGUGCCGUUUUCGACCGAUGCAAAAACGUCAGCGCGCCAAACUUCGCGACUCAUCGGUUCGCCUACAGCCGCCGCCACUGCUGCUGCAUUAUGCCAUUUUCGCCUUCCGGCCCGCAGCCGCCGCAGCCUGUGCUAAAACUAGUGAGUGCGUGUGCGUGAGCGUGUGUGCGCGCUAAACGAGUGCGUUUUAUUUUUCCCCUCGAACAUACUUUGUAUCGCUAGUAAAAUAUUACACUCCGUUUGUUCUAAUAAAAUAAUACAAUAUUUAAUAUAUUACACACUUACCGGUAACUGUUUCAUAUAAAAUUAAUAAUAUUAAAUAAAUUCAUUAAUACGGUCGAUAUUCAUAAGGUCCCCCUCCACUUGGUGCACGAUUGCAAUUUUUUUUCCUACAAACGUUAUGCGUCUUACGGCGCAGCCUUCGUUGUUGUCGCCGCCGCCGUCGUCGUCGCCGUCGCCGUCGCCGCCAACGCCGCGUACACAUCGUUGUAAUUGAAAAAAAAAUUCUUAAUAAUUAUUUCAAAGUAUACAAAUUAAAGUUAUUUUGUAUGUAUUUUAAAUUAACAUAUUAAAUGUUUUUGCGUACGUUUUGUGCAUAGUGUACCUCAAUAGUUAAAAUAGUAUUUAAUACUUAUCAUCGUGUAUCGUGUGCGCCGCGGGACUUAGUCAAGAGUUGCGUCCAAAGUUUUGCCAAGACCUCAAUAAAUUUUGGACUUUUGGCCCAUCUACCUCAUUGCCAUGUACAUUUGACGGAUUUGUUGGCGAAAAAGUUUGUUAACUGAUUACUGUUAUGAAUAUUUAAUUAUUGUCUCAAAAAAAAAACUGGAAUGGACCCACAUCAACAAUUUUGCCUCAAGUGGAAUAGUUUUAGUAAUAACUUAGUGACUGCAUUUGACAGCCUUUUUAAAUCAGAGAGCCUAACGGAUGUUUCGCUAUUUUGCGAAGGAAAAACAUUCAAAGCUCACAAACUAAUCCUGGCAGCAUGUAGUAAACAUUUCCAAGAAAUAUUUGAAGCUACACCUUUGGGAUCUAGUUUAAUAGUUAUUCUCGAUGGAACAUCUUCUACGAACAUGGAAUCAUUGCUUGAGUUCAUGUAUCGCGGAGAAGUCCAAAUAUCUCAAGAUAGGCUCUCUAGUUUCUUAAAAACAGCUGACCAUUUACAAGUCAAAGGCCUGUCAUUUGAAUAUGACAAAUUCUCACUGACAAGUCAACGUGAACAAUUUAACAGUGAAAACAAAACACCUAUAGAUUCCCCUCGGCCGACCCGGCAACAAAACGGAUCGGAAGAGGUUCAGUUACAGUCUACCUCAUUUAGUCAUAUCCCUUCUUUUAUAAACUCACAUUAUCGUCAAGCUAGCAAUGCACAUGGUGAGCAGCAUCCUCCAUCGCCUGAUCCCCAAAGAAAUAAACGUUCACUUCAUAGUAGUCCAAACUCUACACCGGUCUCGGACACUCUUGGAGUAAGAGAAUCAGUUUUACGAAAUGGUUCGAGACCAGAACCUCCUCUUUCUCUAACUUAUCCGCCGACGACCCAUAUGGAUAAUUCACAUCAGUCCCAAACAAACAAUUCAGGUCCUGUAGAUGCUACCACAUCUUCUCACCAUUAUCGCAAUAUUACCAAUGAUUGUGGAGAAGAUCUGCGAAUAAAAUCUGAACCUGUAGCUCCACCAAAUAUUGGAGAUUUACAUCCUCAGGGUACAGGUUUAACAAAUGAAUGGAAAACACUUGAUAAUGGGAAAACACCAUCAUCUCCUUCAAAUCAUUCUUGGAAAAUGGAUCCUUGUCAUAAAAAUAUUGUGACAACUGUUACAGCUGAUGGUAAAAAACUGCAGUGUCCUUAUUGUGAACGAUUAUAUGGCUAUGAGACAAAUCUUAGGGCUCAUAUUAGACAAAGGCAUCAAGGUAUUCGUGUGCACUGUCCAUAUUGUACUCGAACGUUUACACGGAAUAACACGGUGAGAAGGCAUAUUGCUAGAGAACACAAAACGGAAAUCGCGGUGAAAUCUAAUCCUGCUUUUCCUCAAACGGCGAAUAAUAACCAAUAACUUUACCAAAUUUACCUCUUUCCCUUACCCAAAAAACUUGUUAUCCUAAUACCUUAUCUACCUCUCGCUAGACAUAGAUUAUAAUAUUUAUCACCAGGUCAAUAUGAAAUAUUCUGGUACAUAAGCAAACUGCAGGCUAACUGCCCUUAAAGUACAAAUGUAAACCAUAAACACUUCUGUAACUAUUAAGACUGAUAAGGAUAGUGUUAGUUUUUAGGUGAAAAUACAUUUUUAUGACACUAUCCUUAAUAUAUAACUUACCUCAAUGAUUUUUAUGUUUUAUAUAUAUAUUUAUAUAUAUAACUCAUAAUACAUAUAUAUAAAUUUACAAUUACAUAUAUAUUAUUUAUAAAUAUGAAUAUAAAUAAAAAUGUUAAUGUUUAUUCUGUAGAUUGCUUAUGUGUCCAUAAGAUACCUUAAUAUCACAAAGUUAGUUAAGUUACAAUGAAAGCAGCUCUCUUGUUGUGUAAAAAACUAUUAUUAAAAAUGAUUUUAUUUCUACAUUUAUUUAAUGAUUUUAUUGAUGCAUAUUUAUGUACACUUAAAUAAUUGAUUAUGAAUGGUACAUUUUUAGUAAUACUUAUUUGAGAAUUAAUGAAUUCAGUAAUUUUGUUGAUAAUAUUAUAUAGUGAUAUAGUUGUUGUUAUUAUUGCAUUAGAAUGAAUUCAAGUUUAAUUGAAACUAGUUUAAAAUGAAACUAUUAUCUUUUUAAUUUUUAUUAUGUAUUCAUACAAUGAAAUAAGUAUAUAUGAAUGAUGAUUUUAAAAUUUCUAUAUAUUUAAAAACCAUUCGUGAAUAACAUUAAAGUCAAAAUUCUCAUUAAAAAAACUAAACUUUUCAAUGAUUUAAUAAAACUACUAAAAAAAUUAUUCAUUGUAAAAAACAAGCGUAAAGCUUACAUUAUAUUUUAUCUUAUAUUACACAUUUUAUUCCAUCAUAGAAUUUAUUUCUCAUAAGUAUCUCUAAAUGAUAUUUAUAAUACAGUAUUGUACAUUGUUGAAUAUGUGUAGGUUAUUAUUAUUUUUUCAAAAUGUACCUGAUAAAAGUAGUGUUUCAUACAUUAUCUUUUAAUGACAAAUUUCAUCAUUGAAAUGUACCAUUCAUUUUCCAAAUUGAAACAGUUUAUUUCUUAAUACUAGUCAUAAUAUUGUUGCACUAGUCACAAUAUGAUUGAAACCAGAAUUUAUCCUUUUUGUAUUAUACACGCUUAAAAGUCCAAAUUUAUUUUUACACCUCAAGACCCUCAUUAUAAUAAAAAUUAAGUGUAUUUUUCAAAAUUUUACCAUCAUCAGUUGUUGUAAAAUUUAUAUUCGACAUUUCUGGUAUUAAAAAAAAAAAAUUUUUACUCUGUUAAUACUUGAAUUUGUUUCUUAAAUAUAAUUGAUAAUUUUUAAUGAAGUUAAAAAAUUUAACGACUUGUUUCAAUUUAAUGUACAAAUUUUAAAUUAAGUAAUACUUUAUAGUUAAUAAAGUAAAAAGAUAAUGUCUAUUAUAGAUUAUAACAAUUAUAUAAUAUGAAGUGAGGCGAAUAGUGAUCAAGUCUCAAGUCAUAAUGCACUUUCCUUUUCGCCUCUAUAGUGUUAAUGUAACGAUAGUACAAGUAUUUUUUAAUACCACAUGUUAUAGUUUUAUUAGAACGUAAGAUGUUUUAUUGUUUAUUUUGUUAUUUAAGCAGUUAAGAAUUUUAUUAUGCGUUUUGCCGGUAAUUAUAAAUAAUUACACAACCUUUUUGAUGAUUAUAGUAGCUAAUUAUAAGAAUUAAUGCAAAAUCAAGAACUCCAAUUUAAUGUAAUAUUUUUUCUUUUUAUGGUAAAGUAAUUAUAAUUGGAAUUCAAGUGAGCAUUAAUUUAAUUAAUUUUCAUCAUCUUUUAAUUAUUAAUUAACAAAAUAAUUUUUGAUUUUUGGAUAUUAAAUUUUAUAUGGUAUAAUAAUCAAGUCAUUCUUAUUUUGUUUUUUUAAUUCAAACCAAGUUAUUCAUAGUUAUUAAAUUUAAUUGUUCUGAUUGUUACAUGCAUUUUAUUGUAUGAUAAAUUAAUCUAUUAUUUUUAUUUUAUGAUACAUAUAUAUUUAAUUUUUUUUUUUUUUGUUAGUGAUAAUUGAAACAAAACAUUUACCUUGCUUGGUACAUAACUCAAAGUACAAUUUGUGGUGUCUUAAGUAAUGAUUAUUAGUAAAACAAAAAUAAAUAGAUAGAAUAUUAUUUGGGGAAUUUUUUGCACUAAAAUGAAGUGCAGACAAUCUGUAAAGUUUGUUCAGUAUUCUGUUAUAAGUUAUGACAUUCCACGAUAAGUGUUAAAAAUUAUCCUUUGUUGUUAGCUAAACAUCACUUUAAGAAUAUUAUAAAAUAAUAUUUUUAAUGACAUAUAGUACAAAUUGACUACCUCCACUUUUAAUAAGUUUUAGAGUAAUUAAAUUAUAUAAAAUUAGGCUAAUAUUAUUAUCUAAUUCAUAUCUAUAGGGUUUUUUUUAAGCAAGUUCUUUUAUUAAUCUUAUUAUUAUUACUAUCAACAUUUAUCAUUGUUUCCUAACCCAUCUACCUCUGUUUUAUUAUUUUUUUUAUUAUUAUUAUUGUAGUUAUAUAAUAUUAUUAUUUUUAUUAUAAUUAUAAUUAUUAUUAUUAUUAUUAUUUCGUAUGGAAAUGUGAGGAAUAUUAUAGUACAAAAAGUGCAAAGAAUUCCUCUGUUAUUCUUUUUUUUUUAUGUAUAAAAUUAAUAUUAUUAGUAAUUAAUAUAGGAAUUAAUUGUGUUAUAUUAAUGUUGCUAAAUUGUAGGUAUUUUGUUAGUGUUUGAAUUUAUUCCAUGUGUCACCGUUUUAAGUAAAUAUUUAAUCUAGUGUGUAAGUUUUGCUGUGAUUAUUCUGUUUAUACCAAUUGUAUAGUUUCACUGAAUCAGCCAUUUAUAUUCUUUUUUAAAUGUAUUUAUUAAUUUGUUGUUUACAAUAAAACUGCUUGCAAAUCA